GCAAACCUCGAAGAUGAAUUGGUGAAGGAAGCGCUAAAAACCGGAGUGGAUCUGAGGCAUUACUCCAAGCAAGUGGAGACUGAGUUACAGCACAUAGAAUAUGCAUCCAUCAAGGACUACAUUAAGGAGAGUCAAAACAUCGCCAGUCUUCAUAACCAGAUCACAGCCUGUGACACCAUCCUGGAGCGGAUGGAGCAGAUGCUCAGCACCUUCCAGUGUGACCUGAGCAGCAUUAGCUGUGAGAUCCAGACGCUACAGGAACAGUCCAUCGCCAUGAACAUCAAGCUCAAGAACCGUCAGUCCGUCCGCAGUGAGCUAAGUCAGCUUGUUGAUGAGCUGGUGGUGCCCAGCUCCAUGAUCAAUAUCAUUCUGGAAUCACCAGUGACGGAGCAGGAAUAUCUGGAACAGCUUCAUGAGCUCAACAACAAGAUCAACUACGUGAAGGAGCAGUCUUUCAAGGAGACUUUGGCUUGCUCUGACGUGCAGGAUAUCCUCGACCGGCUCAAGAUUAAGGCCGUCACAAAGAUCCGGGAGUUCAUCCUCCACAAAAUCUAUUCUUUUCGCAAACCCAUGACCAACUACCAGGUUCCUCAGAACGCACUCCUGAAAUACAGAUUUUUCUACCAGUUUCUCAUGGCGAACGAGCGUCACGUAGCGAAGGAGAUCCGGGAUGAAUACGUGGACACCAUGAGCAAAAUCUACUUCUCCUACUUCAAAUCCUACACUAGCAGACUGAUGAAAGUGCAGUAUGAAGAGGUGGCUGACAAAGACGACCUGAUGGGUGUUGAAGACACAGCAAAGAAAGGCUUUUUCUCCAAACCGUCGCUGAAAAACCGCAACACCAUCUUCACGCUGGGGAACCGGGGGAAUGUGAUCGCGUCCGCUGAGCUGGAGGGUCCCAUCAUCGUCCCUCAUGCAGCGCAGAAGAACGACUCGCGGUACCCGUUUGAGAGUCUGUUCCGUAGCCAGCACUACGCCCUGCUCGACAACAGCUGCCGGGAAUACCUCUUCCUCUGUGACUUCUUCAUGGUGACGGGCAACUCGGCACAGGACCUCUUCAACGCCAUCAUGGGCAAAACCCUCACCAUGUUCCUGAAACACAUGGACAAUUACGUGGCGGAUUGCUUUGACAGCAUCGCUAUAUUCCUCUGCAUUCACGUCAUCCUCCGCUUCAAAACCAUCAUGGCCAAGAGAAACAUCCCGUCAGUCGAUAGGUACUGGGGCACACUGCUGGAUAUCCUGUGGCCAAGGUUUGAACAUGUCCUGGAGUUAAACAUUCAGAGCAUCCGCAACACCGACCCUCAGAAGCUCGGGGCACUGGACACUCGGCCACACUAUGUCACCAGAAGAUACGCCGAAUUUUCAUCAGCAAUUGUCAGCAUUAAUGAAACCUAUCCCAACGAGAAGACUCACUCAUUACUUGGACAACUGCAGGUAGAAGUGGAGAAUUUCGUCCUGCGAAUGGCUGCCGAGUUUGCUUCCCGGCGGGAACAGCUCAUCUUCCUGAUCAACAACUACGACAUGAUGUUGGGCGUCUUGAUGGAGAGGGCCACGGACGACAGUAAAGAGGUGGAAAGCUUCCAACAGCUUCUCGGGGCCAGGAACCAGGAGUUUAUCGAAGAGAUUCUGUCUCCGCCUUUUGGGGGAAUGAUCGCCUUUGUGAAGGAAGCGGAGGUUCUGAUAGAAAAGGGCAACAUUGAGAAGCUGAAAGCAGAGGAAGGCCGGGUUGUGCAGUUAGUUCGGGGCUUUGCGGCCACCUGGAAGCAGGCAGUAGAGAAUCUCAGUCAAGACGUCAUGAGAUCUUUCACCAACUUCAAGAACGGGACAGGAAUCAUACAGGGAGCUCUGACCCAGCUCAUCCAAUACUAUCACCGUUUCCACAAGGUCCUCUCUCAGCCGCCCUUCAAGAGCCUGGUGGUGAGGUCUGAGCUCAUUAACAUCCACCACCUUAUGGUGGAGGUCAAAAAGCACAAGCCCAACUUCUAGAGGCCAUGAGGGGUCUGUUCACCAACAUCAGGACUGUCCAUGGUAGGUCUCGGGGAUAAAACAGAACUAAGUUGCUGUGACGGUUUACUGUGUGGGUCAGUGUGUAUCCUCGUGGGCGGGUUUCACCGCUCCUUUAUCCGCGGAGCGCUGAUGUUCAGCCUGGGAGCGAGUGUAGCCCCUGACUGUACAGGUUCUCUACUCUCCAAGGCCUCUGUUAGAAUAUGUCAAACCUUGUUUUAAAUUAAACGGUUUGUGGUGAA